AUGGAAAAGCCUGCGUUGGGGUGUCUGAACCUUUCGCUUCUACCAGAUCUCCUCACCUGGGAAAGUCUUACCUACCCGUCUCUCCCGACUGCAGCAGCAGCAGCAGCAGCAGCAGCAGCAGCAGCAGCAGCAGCAGGCGCUGCUGCUACGGGGGAACGAGGAGAACUGCGCUCGAGAUGCGGCAGCUCGAGAGGCAAGUGUUGCAGCACAUGCUGCUGCAGCUGCCUUCUCAAGGAAACUGAAGCCAACCUGCUACACGAAGCUGGAAUGCCACAGCAAGUGCAGCAGCAGCACAACCAAGGCCAGCAUCAUCAACAGCAACAGCAGCAGCAACAGCAGCAACAUAUUGCGCUGCCGUCUGCUUCGCAGCAGGUGCGGGAGUAUGUGCAGCGCGUAGUCUCGGCGGCUGCCUCAGGGCAGCAACAGCAGCUGCAGCAGCUGCUGCAAACUUUGCGAGACGAGCCGCGCAUGCAGCAGAUGCUGCAGCAGCAGCUUGAAGAAGGAAGGGGUGUAAGCAGCCCAUGGCAGAGACACCAGCUGGCGUUGCACUCAGCACAGCAGCAGCAGCAGCAGCAGCAGCAGCAGCAGCAG